AUCAGAAGUGGAGGGGAGAUGCCCACAUCGCGGAACUCUUUUCUUUUUUUCAUCCAGGUGGAAGUACUACAACAGCACCUACAGCACAACUAGCAGGAGUACCUUCAUCAUCAACGCUGCAGCGUCAGCAGCUACGUGACGUCGACGAGAUGGCUACGUCUAAGGUGGAGCCGGAACAAGGACCAGCAACCGAAAGUACGGUAGAAGAUGAUGUCGGCACUAGUACUUUGCAUACGAACGAGGAAAAGCUGUGCUGGGGCCGGUGGCCGGCUCGACCGCCGAAAAAAAUGAAUCGCGGGGCGUUGCCCAAGUGCAACUACAUGCGACGCAUCAAAAAACGCAUGAAGACGGGGAAGUAAGGAAACCGCUGAGCAGUAUUUGUAUGCUGGACGAGGCGCAUACGCAUUCUCUUUGUAGCAGAGUGACCAUGCUGACACAGCUGGCGACCUCAAAAACAUGUUGAAAUAAACAGCGGGAACGAGGGAAAUUUGAUUUCGGAAGCUUGCUCCAACUAGCAAAAGCAACAAGGUAAGAUCGAGCGCUACCGCUUUUGCGAAGUGCGGUCCGGAACUGAUGUGGUUCUGUUCUCCUAGCCACGAAGAUUUUUUUUUUUGAUUUCGCCGUGCAUCGGCUGCACCAAACGUUGCUCGAAGUUGCAAAUUGGCGUCGUUGUUGCUUCGUCUGGGGACCGACAGGAGAGCGCAAACAAGAAUAAAUGGAUGCGAAGUAGAGACGAGGCACCUCCAGAGGCCACCAACAAAUCAUGCGAGGAAAUAACUAAGAGUAUUUCUGGGAAGAAGCUGGCUGCUUUCUGACACUAAAAAACAAAGAGCAUAAGAAGUUUAAGUGGA